AUGGACGCACCACGUGAUUUCUCUCCUAUUGCCCGAUCGCUUUUGCUGGCUCCAUCCAGGGAAGUGGUGCACGGUGCUAGAGUGGGGGAGAUUGCUCUUGUGCAACCAGUCGCUGAGCAACAUUAUCGCAGUGAAAGUUGCCUCUGCAUAGCAUUGCAUGCUAUACCGCAUAACAUGCUAGUGACUGAUGUUCUGAGUAACUUCAGAGGGCGCCACCUUUUUACCCCUGAUGCGAAAGCCGUCAUCGCAAAUGUGGAGCAGUUUUUGGCAAAACUGAAAGAACAUCUCGGGGCCACAGCACGUGAAACCGUUCCGAAUCACAGAAAUAACUGCCACGGCAUGCCGUGUGAGUGUACCGGCGGUCACUCGGAUUAG